AAAGAAGUAGGAUCGCACUUUUUUGUAGUCAUCUCAUAUACAGUUAUUACAAGCUAGAAGAGAUCAUGUUGGGAGUCGUGAGGAGAAAGAUCGGAUGCGGAAUCCUAAGAUUUCCGAUUUUUGGGCAGAAAUUGGAGGGUUUUCAGCCGAUGGGAUCAAUUUUACCAAGGAAUUACUCAAGUGCAGCGAAGGAGAUGACAGUACGUGAUGCCCUGAACUCUGCACUCGACGAGGAGUUGGCUGCUGAUCCUAAAGUUGUUGUCAUGGGUGAAGAGGUAGCAGAGUAUCAAGGUGCAUAUAAGGUCACUAGGGGUCUUCUUGAUAAGUAUGGGCCUGAGAGAAUUCUCGAUACUCCGAUCACAGAGGCCGGAUUGGCUGGCAUUGGAGUUGGAGCAGCAUAUUAUGGUCUGAGACCGGUUGUGGAAUUUAUGACAAUUAAUUUUGCUCUGCAGGCAAUUGAUCACAUAUUAAAUUCUGCUGCAAAAGCACAUUACAUGUCAGCAGGUCAAAUAUCUGCGCCUAUUGUUUUCAGAGGUCCGAAUGGUUCUGCUGCUGGAGUCGGUGCCCAACACUCACAUUGUUUUGCGGCUUGGUAUGGAAAUAUUCCUGGUUUGAAAGUCCUUGCUCCAUAUUCAUCCGAAGAUGCUCGUGGCCUGCUAAAAGCAGCUAUUAGAGACCCUGAUCCCGUUGUUUUCCUCGAGAAUGAAAUUCUAUAUGGACAGUCUUUUCCAGUUUCAGAAGAGGUUCUUGAUUCCAGUUUCUGCCUUCCAAUAGGGAAGGCAAAGAUUGAGCGAAAAGGAGAAGACGUUACGAUUGUUGCUUACUCGAAAAUGGUUGACUUUUCUCUCCAGGCUGCAGAAUUACUUUCCAAAGAAGGGAUUAGUGCUGAGGUCAUUAAUCUUCGUUCAAUAAGGCCUCUAGACCGAGUUACUAUCAUUGAUUCUGUUCGAAAAACCAGCAGACUCGUAACGGUUGAAGAAGCUUUUCCUCAGCAUGGUGUAGGCGCUGAAAUCUGCGCUUCUGUCGUCGAGGAAAGCUUCGACUAUCUUGAUGCUCCUGUUGAGAGGAUCUCCGCUGCUGACGUUCCAAUGCCUUACGCCGCAAAUCUAGAGCGCAUGGCAGUUCCUCAGGUUGAGGACAUUGUUCGAGCUGCAAAAAGAGCAUGCUACCGAUCAGUUCCCGAGGCCCCAAGCUCUUAAUUCAGACAGAGUUUCCUGCUACUUUUCAUUUUGUUCUGUUCUAUCAUAUUCAUAACCCUCUUCAUUGGGCUUCAUGAAAUUUUCUAAUAAUGAAAUAACAUAUGAUUUGCUGUAAUGAUUCUUAUUUCAAACUUCAUUUGGACAGUUAUGUAAAAUUGCUGAAUUA